AACAAAGAUUGAUACAGAAUAAUAAAUCAAUUCAGUUUAUUCUGUUAAGUUCACAUCAGUUGCUUAAAUGGUUUGAAUAAUUUUUUCUGGUUAGCGUUUUUAUUUAAACGAUUUAGUUUUCUACAAGAUGGCGUCGCUAAUCUCUUUCUUCAUCCGAGCUUAGAAACAUCACUAGCCUCCAGAGAGGCUACAGGAGGAGUGGGUUGAAGAAUGCUGGUCGGUGGUCUAUGCUUCAUUGGGGGUAACAGGCGUAAAACUUUCAAUGUCAAAGUGGUUAUCAGCGACACUCCAGUGUUGAAAUUGAACAGAUACUAAAAGCAUAGUGCUUCAGUUGUAUACUGUAACAAUAAAAUUAAAAUUUCAAAUGAAUUUAACUAAUUUUCAAUAUGAACUGUUGCAUCAAUUUAAAUUACUUGGACAAUUGAUGGCUCCAUUUGAAGAUGGCGGUAUUUUAAAUUAUUUAUUUGAACAAAUUACUAUUAAUAGUAGUAGCUUGCUGCCUUAUAAUAAUAAUAAUAAUAAUAAUAAUAAUAAUCUAAUAACAUUAUUAAAAUUUAUAGAAAUUAAUGAUACUUACAAAUUUAUUGAUAAUAAUAAUAAUAAUAAUAAUAAUAAUAAUAAUAAUAAUAAUAAUGUAAAUAGUAUUAUGUCAGGUAGUUUGUCGAAUAGAUAUAUUCAAAAUGAUGAAAUAUCAAGAUAUUCCGAUGAAUGGAUGCUGGGAACUGAAGGAAGUAUUUCUGUGAAUUCAUCAGAUAUAUAUAUUAAUGAUCCAAUGUACAAACGUCAAUCAUCUAAUCACUCUUCAACAAAUUCCAUCAUUUCAACAACAUUAACUAAUCCAAGUCAAAUACAACAACCACUUAAUCAAGAUCAACUUUAUUUAUCAAUGAUUAAUCCAUCCCAAUUCUAUACCCAAUUUAAAGUAUAUUUAGUUUUUAAAUUUAUAGUCUAUAGUCUAGUUUGUAUCAAUAUUUUACUUAGUCUAAUUUGUUUAUAUGCAAUGGAUAGUAGUAUGAUACAAUUUAAAUCUAAAUUUACAGACAAUACAUUAAAACAAACUCAAAAUACAUUUGAAAAUGUAAUAAUGAAUGAAAUUGUAUAUAAAUUACCUGAAUAUUUACAAGAAAUUAUAAAUCAAGGUCAAAUGUACACUAAUCAAACAUUUCAAAGAAUUGAAAAAGAAAUUGAUAAUCAGUUAUCGAUAACUGCUGAAGAAAUAAUUCAAUCAUUGCUUGAAGCAUAUCAAUUAUCACCGGUGAUUAAAUCAGCUGAAUCAAUUUCACAUAGUAUCAAUGAAACAGUGACAGCUAGUGAAAUUAUUUAUGUAAAACAGAAAACACUUCAACAAGAUGUGAAUAGUUAUAUUGGUGAAUUACGUGGUUAUGCUAAUAUAUUGAAUAAAACAUUAGAUUCAAUAUGUGAAACAUUCAAUGAAAGUACCUUAGAAAAAGUAGCAUGUAGACAGUUACAAUUCAAUAAUUCAAUUUUAUUUAUCAAUGUUGAUACAAAAUUAUUUGAAUUUGAAUCUAGUUCAAUUUUAAUAUUUUUAAUCAAUAAUUUAAAUAUUAAUUUAAAUUUAAUAACCGAUCAAUUUGAUCUGAUACAAAAUUUAUUAAAUAAUAAAAAAGAUGAAGUCGUUCAAAAUAUGAAAUCAUCAUUUGAUUUGAAUUAUUAUUUUAAUAUAUUUACAUCACUAUGGUUAUUAUUACAAGAAAAUAUAAUUGAUCAAUUAAAUUCUUAUUUAACUACUGAUAAACAAAAUGAAAUACAUAAUACUAUAAAAUUAAUUAAUGAUUUAAUUUCUAUAAUGAGUUAUAUAAUGAUUAUUUUAUUAUUAUUAUUAAUUACAUUUUUAUUAAUUUAUUAUUUAAUUUUAAAUUUAUAUUUAAAAUAUCAAUUAUCAAUUAUAAUUAAUAAUAAUAAUAAUAAUUUAAUCAAUAAUUUAAUCAAUUUUAUUGAUUUUUCUAUACCAAAUAAUAUUUAUUCAACAAUACGGUAUAAAUGUCAACGUACAAUAAUCAAUAAUAAUAAUAAUAAUAAUAAAACUAAUUAUAAUUAUAGUUUAAUUAAAUUACUUAAUUAUACACAAAUUAUUGAUUUUAAUAAAAUAUUAUAUUCAUCAAUUAUUCAACAAAAAAUCAAUGAUGCAGUAAACUCAUCUAUAGAUAAAAUCAUUAAUAUGAACCUUGAGGAAAUCAUCCCGUCCGAUUUAGAUAGUUUGACAUCUAUUGCUAGAAAAUUAUCAGUUUAUCUAGAUGGAAAGGACUAUAAACCAACUAUUCAAGAAAUUCUACAUUUUAUAUCUAUUCAAUCAAAUCUAAUAAAUUAUUUAAAUGAAAUAAAUAAUUUUCAACAAUCUUCAAAAAAUUUUUUUAAUUUAAUUAAUAUUAUUGAACAAAUUAAUAAAUCAUUAAUUAAUUAUGAUCAAAUUACUAAAUCAAUUAAACCAUUAAUUAAUUUAUUUGAAAAACUUGAAUUUAAUAAAAAUUUAACAAAACAAUUUGAUCAAAUAAUAAAUGGAUUAAAUAAUUUUAAAAAUCUUUCAUCUGAUCGUCAAAAAUUGAAAGAAACAAUACGUCCAAUAUUUAAUUCAACUAUACAAUCAUUAUUAAAUCAAACAAGUCUAUUGUUAAAUUAUGAAUUUGAACAACUUUUCGCUAAUAUAUUACCAUGUGAUAAUUUAAACAAAAUUUUAAUGAUUCUUUUAAAUCUAUUCUGUGAUAGUACUCAUAGUAUAGUACUAUGUUUAGGUAGUUUUAUAUUCAUUAUAUCUAUAUCCUACUUUUUAUUGAUGAUUACAUUAUGUAUAUUUGUUAUAUAUUCUAGGCGACAUAUUGAAUUAUUAAUGUAUACAAAGUGGGAAAAUAUCCCAUUCUAUGAUUCAGUUAAAUUAUGUUAUAAUCUACUUGAAUAUAAUUAAAACAAAA